AUGCCCGCAACUGCCCGUUUUGGGUACGCGGUCGGAGUGGUUGGCAAGGCACUCCAGGAUGGCUGCGCCGAAGAGGAACUCAAGGACGCUAUCCUCCGCUACGUGUUGAUCUUGAUACAUGACUUCUCCGACGCCGAGACAACCGAAGUCGCCCAGAAGCUUCUUCAUAGGGAGCUUCUUUGUGAAGACAUGCUCUUCGUAUUGAUGGAGUUGGAACGCAAUGGCAGCAUGGACAUUUUGGCAAACAAGGAUACUGUCAGUGAUGAGAAUGUUGCCAUCUGCCAGAACGUCAAGACCGUCGUCGACAAUGAUGUGAUUGUCAACGAAGACAGCGCGAACGGAGAGUUUGUUUUUAACCACGACUUGGAGAGUGAUGCCGUGUCGGAGACUGACUCGGACGCCUCUGAGUGGGAGAUUCUUUGA